GCGUGCCUAACAAAUACCCGCCAACUUCGGACUUUGUCAUGAACCUAGCUUUCAACGAAAAUACAAAAAUCUGCUUAUACUUUUUUUUUCCCCUGCUUAUUUUCGCCAAACUUAUUUUCUGAUUAUCCGAAGGAAUCACAGCCAUAGUUCAAGAUUCACCAUACAAUGUUACGUUCCAAAUCAAGAUCUGGGUCGAAUGAUUUUGGCCAGAAGAAUCAUUAUACAUCGGUGUUGUCUAGGACCCUUUCUGCUUCAAAGUUUUGUAGGGGAGGUGAUUUGGUCUCACAAAUUGAUUCUAAUGCCCUUAAAAUUGCUGAUAAAAAGUCUUCCAAGAAACUGAGUAAUCGGACUAUGUCAAUGGAGAAACAGAAGGGGGAGUUGGAGGCAGAGCUCCACAGGACUAGGGCACAAUUGGGAGUUGCUGAGGUAGAAAGAGAUAAAGCCCUUGAUGAACUUAGAGAGGCAAAAGAAAAAGCUGUCGAGGCGAGUAUUGGAUUGAGUGAAGGUAGUAAGGUCGAGGAAUUAAAGAUGGAAUUGAAGAGUUUGAAAGAAAUUCUAACUAAUUCACAUGAAGAAUUGAAGGUUAAAGAUGAUAAGAUUAAGUCUUUAGAGUUGGAACUUGGAAAGACGAAGCAAUUUGAGUUCGCUUUGUUAGAGAGAGAUGCAUCUUUAGAUAAGUUGAAGGAGGAGUUUAGUAGUGUGAGAGAGUCAAAUAUGCAGGCAACAGAGUUGUUGUCUGAGGGUGAGAAGAAGAUUCGAGAAUUAGAAGACCAAGUAGAGAGAGGCAAGCAAUCGGAAUCCAAAAUGAUUGAUUUGAUGGAAAUCAAGACUAAACAGCAUGAGCAGACGGAGAUUGUUCUCGAAGAAUUGAAGCUUGAAACCACUUCUCUUCGUGAGAAAAUUGAAUUGUUGCAAGACUCGUCUAAGCAAAAUAGCAGAGAUCUUAAUAAUGCUGAUUUUAGUGAUGAAGAGAAUGAAGGGCUAAAGGCUGAGCUGCGAUUGACAAAGGAGAAUCUGGCUCGUGCCCAAGAAGAUGAAAAGAAAGCUUCAUUGAAGGUUAAGAGCCUACUCGAAGAGAUGGAAUUGCUUAAAAACGAACUGAAGUUGGCAAUUGAUGCAGAAGAGAGGAGUACGAAUGCCAUGGAAGAUUUAGCUUUGGCAUUGAAGGAAGUUACAGCAGAAGCCAAUCAAACAAAGGAGAAACUUGUUAAUGCCCAAAUGGAACUUGAGCAAAUUAAAGCAGCAGCAGAAAAACUGAAGGAAAUGGCGGGAAGUACGGAUGAAAGGCAUCAAAAGCUUUUAGAUGAAGCUAAACAAGAAGCAGAAUUAUACAAGAAUACUGCGGAUAGACUGAGAUUAGAAGCCGAGGAGUCAAUUUUGGCUUCGAACGGGAAGGAAAUGGGGUUCGUCAGUUGUAUAAUAAGAGCUGAGGAGGAAGCAGCUGUUGCAAAACGUGAGAGUGCAAGACUUGCCGAGUCCCUCAAGGCAGCCGAGGAUAUGGCACAAGCAGCACGGGACGAAACUAACAAAUUGAGGGAUAUACUUAAGCAGGCUAUUAAUGAAGCCAAUGCUGCAAAAGCAGCAGCAGACAUUGCUAGAGAUGAAAAUUCCCGACUCAAAGAUUGUCUUUCUGAAAGGGAUGAAGCCUUGAAUUUUCUUACCCCAGAAGAUGAAGGCCUUAGAAUAAAUUCGAAGAUUGAGGAUAAGGAGAAGAAUGGGACGUUCGUGGAUAGGGAACACAAGGAAAAUAAUUUAAAGAAACUUGAAGAUCUGAAGUUCAUGAACGAGCAUGAAAAUUCGGAUGAGAAACUUUUAUAUGAAGAUCCCAAUAAGGCAGAGGCCUUAAAAGGCUCAAUUUUUUAUUCUUCUGCAGAAACACCAAGAUCAGAGCUUCGUACGCCAAAAUCAUCGGUUUCUACUCACCCAAGAGGGUAUUCUUCUUCCAUCACAGAUAAUACAGGAACACCAAAUUCGGAAGAUUUUGAUAAUUUAGAUAUUAGAGAUAGAAAUUCUCAAAGAAGAAGGAAAACAAUGUUUGGGCGAGUAGGAGAUCUACUGAUGAUUGGAAGAAGUUUUCACAGGAAGGAACCGUCCACUGAAUCAACACCUCCUGCACAUCCCUGAACUCAAAAGAUAAGAAAACAAUAUAAUACAUAUGUGUUUAAUGUAUUAUGUAAAGACAAAUUUCAGUUAGUUAAUUUUUCUUCGUAAUCUUUCAUUUCCAUGUUUUUGGGGUAUACCUUUGAGGAUUUUUUUAGUUUAUAUGUUAGAUAUUGAAGUCUUACACAGAUGUCAUGAAGUUUACUCUUUGAAUGCCAAAGGAUAUUCUGUAUGUUUUCA